UGUUCAUAACGUAGUGCUAACGAGCAAUGUUUAUCGAAGCCGGUACGUUCUUUUUAAUUACAAAGGAAGCUCGAGAAGGCAAUUUCUUUAGGAAUUUAGGAGCUCUAAACGUUUGCAUAAAAUUGGUGAAAACUAUGAAGAAAUAAAACAAAUGGAGAUAUUUCUCAAGGCCCGCUUUUUAUCGAUGCAAAUGCUCCCUCCUUAUCCAGUAUACUUCUUGCCGUUCGCCUCAAUUUCUAAAAAAACUUGACUUUUUUUUUGUUCUUUAAGUCGCUUCAAACAAAAAAAAAUUGUUCGCAAACAAGAGGAGACAGUUUCCGAGGCACUUUCCCGAAGCUGGGGCAUUAAUAAAUAACGGAUGUAAUAAGGCAGAUCAAACCUUUUCUUUCAGUGAUGUACAAUGGAAACGGCCAGUUUGUCAGAGCAGGGUGAUAAUUUGUGUAUCACAAAGCAGGCUACUGUGAUGACUGGCCAGGAAAUUGUCAACGCUCCGUCAGCGAAAGUGGAUGUUCCAUCCAAAGCACCAGGUGAUGCAGAACCUCAAGGAACUGUUCUCCCAAGAGCAGCAGUGGGUGAGGCAAAUAGUGAAGGCCGUGCUUCUGCUGAGGCGCCGAAGGUCCUCAAAAAUUUUGUGCAGCAGAACCAUAGGUCUAUUGGACAAACUGAAAUAAUGCCAGUGAAUGAAAUACGAGCACAUCGACUACAUCUUCAAGCACAACCGACUGUGCCCAUCUCAGUAUCAGCAGUAUCUCAGAUUCUGACUUCAGAAAACCUGCCGACAGUGGUAAUGGCUUCAACAGGAAGUGUCCCAUUAAACCAAUCUCUUCUCAUUCCGCUCAACAUGACAAAUCCAGUAAAUGCACAACAGGGUCUUGUGUUUACUAUUCCCACGGCACCUCUUGCUCCUCUCCCAGGGCUCACUUCUGCCACUGGUGGAGGAGGCAUUCUCAGGCUUCCUCUGCCCACCUCACAGGCUGCUUCAUUGUUGAAUACCACACUUCAGCCUACACAGCUUCAACAGACCCUCCAGCCUCAGGCCACUCUACAGCCCCUUCCUACAUCGACUGUACCUCUGAAACAACCAGAACCACAAGCUCAGAUCACUUCCAUCAACACAGUUCAAGGCCUGACAUUUAAUCAAACAAUACUCAAUACUCAAGCUCCACUUGUUGGCUCUUUGGCUGCCGCACCAGUUAUUGCACACGCCAUGCCUGGUUUACAGGGAAUUAUGAGUCAAAUCAUAACUAAUACACAUGGACAGGUCCUAGGAACCCUGCCCUUAGUCAUGAACCCAGUCACAAUAUCAACAACCAGUACAGUGACAGCAAUGCCACCACAGGGUCUUCAAGUGCAAGCAGUUACACCACAGAUGCUGUUGAAUGCACAAGGUCAAGUCAUUGCAACUGUGAUCAGCAACCAGUUUGUGCCAGUUCUGAGCCGGCAAGGAGGUCCCCUAUCGUCUGUAAAGACAUUACAACAGGUACAAGCUUUGCAGACAAUAACUACUGUCACACAAUCCAGUGUGACACCAACCACAUCUUCUGCACAGACUGAACCCCCUGCUACAUCAAGCAACACUCCUUCCAGUGCUAGUGUUGGACAACUUGUCAACAAGCCUCAAAAUGCACCCACUGAGAUUGACGGAAUAAAUCUUGAAGAAAUACGUGAAUUUGCCAAGAAUUUUAAGAUCCGUCGACUAUCUCUUGGGCUGACACAGACACAGGUUGGACAGGCAUUAAGUGCAGCGGAGGGGCCAGCCUACAGCCAGUCAGCCAUUUGCAGGUUUGAGAAAUUGGAUAUCACUCCUAAAAGUGCACAGAAGAUCAAACCAGUACUUGAAAGAUGGCUAACUGAAGCAGAAGUGCGACAUCGUGCUGGCAUACAAAACCUCACCGAAUUUGUUGGUAGUGAACCUUCAAAGAAACGUAAGCGGCGCACAUCUUUCACACCACAGGCCCUGGAAAUCCUAAAUGUCCAUUUUGAGAAGAACACCCACCCCACUGGUCAGGAAAUGACAGAGAUAGCUGAGCAGCUGAAUUAUGACCGAGAAGUGGUUAGAGUAUGGUUCUGCAACAAGCGCCAGACUUUAAAGAACACCAUCAAGAGAUUGCAGCAGAAUGACUCGACGGAAUCAGGUUCAGUCGAACGAUUAUCAGAUUCCAAAGCAGAAACCGGUUCAACUGUGCAAACUGGUCCACAUUGGGAAAGAAGAAUCAUCGUAAGAUCUGCUCUUCCCUACUUCAUAAAUAUCCCUACUUCCCUAUUUUAAAUUAAAAUAACUGGUCUACUUAAACACAGUCUGUUUUUUUCUAUAUACAUCAUCAAGUUGCUGGAGUCUACGUAUUUGUCAAGUAUGCUGAUCAGAUUUUUUUGACACCAUCUUGGUAACUGAAGUAUUUUAAAUUAGAAAUCACUUCUGUGGCUCUCCUUUGCAUUAUUUUAAAGCCUCAAUAUCCUCUACCAUGUAGAAGAUUUAACAUGGAUAUGGUAUUCUAAUUAGAGCUUAAAUAAGGUAAUACACAUGAACAGAAUGUAAUGCUCUAUUUUAGAGUAAAUUGUCCUGUGAAUACAACCUAGAAACCUGUUCCCUUCAGCUAUAGAUUUAUGGUAUUAGUCAUGAACUUCUAUAGAGUGAUGCAGUACAACACCACUAGCUUCAAAUCUGUUCCCUGCAGGGUAUAAGUAAAAUUUAGAAUUAGAAUUUUCAACGGCUUUGAGCAAGCUGUGAUGAAAAAUCCCAUGCUUGCCUUGUUCUUGUGCCCCACAUGAUUGAUUUUAAUAACAUUGUUUUUAACUAUCCGUGUUGAUUGUCGCAGCAGCUUGUCACAAAACCAAUGAGAGAGUAUAGACAGACAAUAUAAUGUGUUUUGUUUGCACUGUUAAGACAGCAGUAACAAUGAAGUUUCUGCUUGCCACUAACUGUUCUAUUCUUUCAGAAGCCACCUGUACAGUUUCCACAGACCCGCUCUGUUUAGAUCCUCCUUAGCCA